UUUAUUUUUUAAACAUUAAUCAAGAAAGAUUUUCUCAACAAAACAAAGAUUUUCCUCAAGAAUGCUGUAAUUCUUAUGGAAUAUAAUAUCUUGUAAAUACUAUCGUAUGCCAUUCAAAGCAUAUCCUCUAAUAAUUCUCACUAGUAGAUCAGUUUAGCCUUUCCUUUAUGUUUCCUAUGUCUUAUACUGAAUUGGAACAUGGUUACCAAGGGCUACGGAAUGCUGCAAGACCAACUCAAUUUUAUGUUGGAACGGGUGACAUAGAGUUAUGUGACUCCAGUGAUACCUCCUUAGGAGGUCCUAGCUUAGACGAUGGGGAGAAAGUUGUUAUUGUGGGCGUUUGUGCAAUGUCCAAAAAAUCCCAAAGUAAACCUAUGAAGGAAAUACUCACUAGACUGCAAGAAUUUGAGUACAUAAAAGUUACAGUUUUCCCAGAAGAUGUGAUCCUAAAUAAAGCUGUUGAAGAAUGGCCAGUUUGUGACUGUCUUAUAUCAUUUCAUUCAAAAGGUUUUCCUCUGGAUAAAGCUAUACAGUAUGCCCAAUUACAUAAUCCUUAUGUCAUAAACAAUUUACACAUGCAGUAUGAUAUUCAAGAUAGAAGGAAGGUGUAUUCCAUAUUAGAAUCUGAAGGAAUUGAAAUACCUAGAUAUGCGGUGUUGGACAGGGACAGUCCUGAUCCAAAACAUCAUGAACUUGUUGAAUCAGAAGAUCAUGUAGAGGUAAAUGGUGUUGUUUUCAAUAAACCGUUUGUUGAAAAACCAGUAUCCGCAGAGGAUCAUAAUAUUUAUAUUUACUAUCCGACAUCAGCUGGCGGUGGUAGUCAGCGCCUAUUCCGCAAGGGUUUCUAUUAUUCUCAGAUUGGCAGCCGGAGUAGUGUAUAUUCACCUGAAUCUAGAGUGAGAAAGACUGGCAGUUAUAUAUAUGAAGAUUUUAUGCCUACAGAUGGCACCGAUGUAAAGGUUUAUACUGUUGGACCAGAUUAUGCUCAUGCCGAAGCCCGAAAAUCACCAGCUCUAGAUGGAAAAGUCGAAAGGGAUAGAGAGGGCAAAGAAAUAAGAUACCCAGUGAUCUUGAGUAACGCAGAGAAAUUGAUUUCCAGAAAAGUAUGCUUGGCCUUUAAACAGGCCGUGUGCGGAUUCGACUUACUCCGAGCGAAUGGAAAAUCUUUCGUGUGCGACGUGAACGGCUUCAGCUUCGUGAAGAAUUCCAACAAGUAUUACGACGAUUGCGCUAAGAUCUUAGGAAAUAUGAUACUGAGGGAGUUAGCGCCGACUCUCCACAUCCCGUGGUCGGUUCCAUUCCAGCUGGACGAUCCACCAAUAGUACCAACCACGUUCGGAAAAAUGAUGGAGCUAAGGUGCGUAGUCGGAGUGAUAAGACACGGGGACAGGACCCCCAAGCAGAAGAUGAAAGUCGAAGUUAGACAUCCCAAGUUUUUUGAAAUAUUUGAGAAGUACGACGGUUACAAACAUGGCCACGUGAAGCUCAAGAGACCUAAGCAGUUGCAGGAAAUCCUGGAUAUAGCCAGGGGGUUACUAGCCGAGAUUCAGCAGCAUGAGGCAGAUCCGGAAAUCGAGGAGAAACAGGGGAAGUUGGAACAAUUGAAGGGAGUUUUGGAAAUGUAUGGACAUUUUUCGGGAAUUAAUAGGAAGGUACAAAUGAAAUAUCAGCCUAAAGGAAGACCGAGAGGUUCCAGUUCUGAUGAUGUAGACAAACCAGCGGAACCAUCAUUGGUGCUUAUUUUGAAAUGGGGAGGUGAACUCACUCCUGCAGGCAGGAUACAAGCAGAAGAAUUAGGACGUAUAUUCCGAUGCAUGUACCCUGGCGGACAAGGUAGACAUCUGGCCGGCGAAUAUUCUGGCGCCCAAGGUCUGGGUUUGUUGAGACUUCAUUCUACAUUUCGUCAUGACCUUAAAAUAUACGCAUCCGAUGAGGGUCGCGUGCAGAUGACUGCAGCAGCUUUUGCAAAAGGGCUACUUGCUUUGGAAGGGGAGCUUACGCCAAUAUUGGUCCAGAUGGUGAAAAGCGCAAAUACUAAUGGGCUCCUUGACAAUGACUGUGAUAGCAGUAAAUAUCAAAAUAUGUGUAAAUCUAGGCUGCAUGAACUAAUGCAAUUAGACCGUGAUUUCACUCAAGAAGACAGGGAUAUGAUAAAUCCGUGUAAUUCAUCUAGCAUAGCUGAUGCUCUAGAAUUUGUAAAGAAUCCUGUUAAAUGUUGCAAACAUGUACACCUGUUGAUAAAGUCCCUGAUGGAAAUCGUUCAAAUAAAAAAGGACGAUAGUAAAACCAAAGACGCAGUACUUUACCAUGGCGAAACGUGGGAACUGAUGGGACGCAGAUGGGGCAAAAUCGAAAAAGACUUCUUCACCAAAAAUAAGACUUUUGACAUCAGUAAGAUUCCUGAUAUUUACGACUGCAUUAAGUAUGACCUCCAGCAUAACCAGCAUACUUUACAAUUUGAACAAGCUGAAGAGCUUUAUUUGUACGCCAAGUAUUUGGCAGACAUAGUGAUACCUCAGGAAUAUGGGCUUACAGCGCAGGAAAAAUUGACUAUUGGUCAAGGUAUAUGCACCCCAUUGCUGAAAAAAAUCAAAGCUGACUUACAGAGAAACAUUGAGGAAAAUGAAGAGACUGUUAAUAGGUUAAACCCUAGAUAUUCCCAUGGUGUUUCCAGUCCAGGUAGACAUGUAAGGACAAGGCUUUAUUUCACCAGUGAAAGUCACGUGCAUUCACUGAUAACUGUUUUGAGGCACGGAGGAUUGUUAGAUAUAACAAAGGAUGAACAGUGGCGGAGGGCUAUGGAAUAUGUCUCCAUGGUAUCUGAACUCAACUAUAUGUCCCAAGUGGUGAUCAUGCUAUAUGAGGAUCCAACCAAGGAUCCUUCGAGCGAAGAAAGAUUUCACGUGGAACUCCACUUUAGUCCAGGAGUGAAUUGUUGCGUUCAGAAAAAUCUGCCACCAGGACCUGGUUUCAGACCACACUCAAGGAAUGAGUCUUCAAGCACCAAAACUUCUAGUUCAAAUAAUUCGGCUACCCCAACACCCCCUGAGGAUGCUAAGAGCCAAUGUUCGCUCAGAAUAGAUGAAGAAAGUGAAUCGACAUUAGACGAAGACAGGCCAGCUUCAAAGUCUUCAAUGGAAACUUUGGGUUCUAGACACAAUUAUAGUAUAUUUUUGCCGAGCACGUCAGGCAGUCGUAAAUAUCGUACCAAAACAAGCGAUCCUAUUCCGAUAGGAAAUUCUCACACAGUAUGCGGACAUGAAGCAGCUCAUUUAGCGAAAAAGUUGAACGAAGAACUUGCACAACAAGGCAAACGUAAAAAUGGUAAAAACUAUAUGGCCAACAGAACAUUGAGCCCUGAUCCCGAACCAAGGUCAAAAAGCUAUGACAACAAGAGCCCUAAAAAGGAAAAAGCUGAAAAAGUGCAAUUUCAAAGUUUGGAUGCUGUUAACAGCUCAGAGUCAAACAGCUCACCAGAAAAGCGCCAUCGUCAUAGUAUAGCCGGUCAGAUGAAUUACUUCAGGGUGAUUCAGACUCCUGCGUUCGGAUGGGAUUUUACUUUCAAGAGGACCACCCUAGGGAGCACCAAUUCUUUGUUUAGUACCGCUGUUAUUUCGGGCAGUUCCAGCGCGCCGAAUCUGAGAGAUAUGAUUCCGAGCGCGACGAGCGUUUCUGGUUUGGAAGGAUUUGGUGGAGUUCCACCGAUUAGGCCAUUGGAAACUUUGCACAACGCUCUGUCACUAAGACAAAUCGAUGCUUUCUUAGAUCGCAUGACCAAAGCAUCUUUGUUCAAAACACCUUCAUCUACUCCACCGAAGUACCCGUCUACACCCUUACCAACCCCUGUGGGGUCGCAAUCAACAUCAACCAAUUUAUCAUCGCUUGGAGAGCCACCCCUGAAGAGCCCUUGUAAUGGAGUUUGGAGUGGACCACCAAGUUAUGUAUCAAGUAGCGGGCAAUCAUCUCCAGGUUUAUCAGAAACAAACUCAAAGGAAAGCAGUGACUUAUCUUCAAGUGCGAUCAGUUACGAUGGAUUGACUAUGGACAACAUUUCUAAAAUCUUCCCAAAUAUGGCUGCCGAACUUGAUGAAGAUUUAGGAAAUGUGAGAAUUCAGCUUGAUUCUCAACAACAAUCCCAGGAGGACGAAUUACUGGAAUAUUUUGGAAGAUUCAACUUGGAAGGAAGUGAAACGACGACACCAAUAUCUGGUCCUAAAGUGGAAUUACCAAAGAUCGAAUGUCAAGAAAAAAAAUUAUUGAAUAUUGAGCAAAUGUUCAACUAUCCACUCCUAGAAUGUGGAGAAAAUUUAAACACUAUUGAUUCCGUAACAGAUAACGAGGCAACAUGUCAAGAAAAGGCUACAUCUCCAAUAUGCAAUCAAUACUCGACCGAUUGUCAUUCAAAAUUCAAAACAUCAUGGAAUGAUGGCAGAGGACAAAUGGAAAAAAAGAAGAAUUCAUGCUACAAGAAUAACUGCGACAUAAAUUUUGCUGUGAAUUCAGUCAAGAAUCUCACCCCUAGCCUUGGUUCUGAUAAAUGGGUGUCUGAAAAGGAGAAAUUUUUGGACAGUUCAUCAUUCAAAACCGAGAAUAACGUUGAAAAUUCGACUACAAAAGAAAAUAAAAAAUUAGGCACAGUGAAAGUAAAGGAAAGUUUUAUUGAACUACCACGUAUAGGUAGAAUUUCUAAAAGUUUCCAUGGAAAAUCUCCUAGCAAAGAUAGCUAUUUGGUUGUUGAACUAACACCUAGGAGAGCUAGCGAUAAUAUGGUUAACCUUUCAAGUAACUUUCUGAACUCUAAACCAAUCAAUUUGAAGAACUCUGAUUCACAAGAUGAAAAGUCAAAAUCGACUAGGCCUAAAUUUUGUUCCCAAAAAUCGCAACCGUGUCCAGUUGCUGCCAACAAAGAAGAAUUCAGAAAAUCCUCAUUAUCAGAACCUCAAAACUUCAGAGGAGCAAGAUUUACUACAACUAUAGUUGACGAAAACUUAUUCCUAGAAGGUCUGAAAUCAAGUAGUAUUCCAAAUAGAAGUGUUCCAAAUGAAUAGAGAAUGUGAUAAAAGUUCAUAAUAAAGACUAGGCAAUUAGA